GAUAUUUCUAGAGUCUAUGCACGGGCAAGGCUGGGAAUUACGCGGCCAUGCGCUCCUGUGGUCUGGCCGUGCAAAACCCCUGCAACCCCGGAAUUGACAAUUUUCCACAAAAAUGAGGCAUCCAACUUCUUCGACACACACCAAACGACGCAAAGACCAAAAAUUAAUAGAAAAAGGAAAAGAAAUGCAAAUCAAGGUGGGGUUGCCUCCCCACAAUCGCUUUCUUUUACAUCUUUAGCUAGACGCAGCCGACGGAACUAAGGGUCCGCGAGUUCAACCACCAACUUCACGCAUUCGACCUCGCCUCCCAGAUACAGCUUAAGGCGGUGGCCAUUUACUUUAAAUGACUCAAUUCGCAGGUUGGCAAUCUCGAUAGUGCCAUACGGGAACACCUGCGUGACCGUGAAUGGUUCCAACCAUCUGGAACGGAGCUUUUCUAGAAAGAGUUUCAGGCGAGAGUUAUAAAGAAUAACUCGAUCGCCAACCUGAAACUUCUUCGGGGCCCUCAAACGAGCAUCGUGGAUACGCUUUGUCCGCUCCUAGUACAACUUGGUGUUCUUGUAAGCGUGGUGACACAAUUCCUCCAGUUCCAAAAUCUGCAUCUUGCUUUCAGCACCUGCAAGGCUCACAUGCAAGUUUCAAAGCUUAAGGGCCUAAAAGACCUUGUGCUCUAGCUCGACUGGCAAGUGACAUGCCUUUCCAUAGACGAGCCGAUAUGGAGAAGUACCAAUCAGCGUCUUGUAGGGAGUCUGAUAUGCCCACAGAGCAUCAUCGAGUUUGGUGGAUCAAUCCUUACGGGAUUGAUCCACCGUUUUUCAAUUAUGUGUUUGAGCUCCCGAUUCGUCAGCUCGGCCUGCCCACUCGUUUGCGGGUGGUAGGAUAGGGACACCUUGUGAGUGACACCAUAGCGAUAGAGCUACUUAAAAAAUUGACCCUGAAAGUGGGUGCCUUUGUCUCUAAUGAUGGCUCUAGGCAUCCCGAACUGGAAGAAUAGCUGCUUAAGAAACUGACAAACACGUCUGGCAUCAUUAGUGGGCAAAGACUGUGCUCUAGAGACGUAAUCACAAACACAUUCUCGGGCAUCUCAUCUUGGGUAGAAAUGUUACAUGAUCUCUAGCAUCGGUCGCACCUGCGUGCGAAGGCGCCAACAUCCUUGAAAAGCGAGGGCCAAUAAAAGCCUGACUGUAGUCCCUUCGUCGCCGUGUAGUUACGGCCAUGGUGCCCGCUAGUAGGUCCUUCAUGUUAAUGAGAAUGCCCUCCAUAUCAUUGUCCAUGAUACAACGACGAAUGACCCCGUCAACUCCAAUCAUGAAGAGAUGUGGAUCGUCCCUGAAGUAGUGCUGGCGAACCAGAUAGUUCGCGAAGUCGGAGAACCAAGGGGUGACAUUCUCCACCAUAAACAUCAUCAUCAACCGCUCAUCUGGAAAGGAUUCGCUGAUCUACUCCACGAAAUUGUCCACCAGAUGGGAGUCCAACCUGGAAAGAUGAUCAACAACAAUAUUUUCGGCUCCCUUCUUGUCCCAGAUUUCAAUGUCGAACUCCUGCAACAACAAGAUCCAUCAUAUGAGCCUAGGCUUGGCGUCAGCCUUGCAAAUCAGGUAUCUAAUGGCGGAGUGAUCGGUAUAGACGACCAGGCGGGGCAAAACCACGUAAGGGAAGAAUUUGUCAAAUGCGAACACCACCGCUAGCAGCUCCUUCUCUGUGGUGGUGUAAUUCUUCUAGGCAUCAUUGAGGUUCUUCGAUGCAUAAUAGAAUGCCGGAAAUGCUGAUCUUACCUCUGCCCCAGAAUAGUUCCAAUCGUGAAGUCACUCGCGUCACACAUCAGCUCAAAUGGUAAGGUCCAAUCGGGAGUGACCAUGAUAGGAGCAUUAGUGAGCUUCUCCUUCAAGGUCGUGAAUGCUUUUGUGCACGCGUUAGUGAAAUGGAAGGGGGAAUCCUUCUCAAGAAGCUUCGUUAGUGACAAGGCGAUCUUCUAGAAGUCCUUGAUGAAACGCAGAUAGAACCCUGCAUGGCCCAGGAAACUACAAACUCCGUUCACAAAAGUUGGAGGAGGAAGCUUGCUAAUCGUCUCAAUCUUGGCUCUGUCCACCUUGAUUCCCAUCUUGGAAAUUUUAUGCCCCAACACUAUGCCUUCUCGAACCAUGAAGUGGCAUUUCUCCCAGCUCAGCGCCAGGUUCGUCUCCUCACAUCUUUUCAAGACGAGUUCAGGGUUAUGGAGACAACGAGAGAAUGAGUCCCCAUAAACCGAAAAGUCUUCCAUGAAUACUUUCAUGAUUUCUCCGACCAGACGUUGAAGAUGGCGAGCAUACACCUUUAGAACAUGGCAGGGGCGUCGCAAAGCCCGAAGGGAAUUUGCCGGUAGGCAAAUGUGCCAAAGGGGCAGGUGAUGGUGGUCUUUGCCUGGUCUUCUGGUGCUAUGGGAAUUUGAAAAUACUCGGACAUCCCAUCCAGGAAACAAUAAAACUUGUAUCUCGCCAACCUCUCGAGCAUCUGGUCAAUGAAUGGCAAAGGGACAUAAUCCUUCAUUGUGAUGUCGUUGAGGCGUCGAUAGUCAAUGAAAUUGCGGUACCCAAUCACCGUUCUCAUUGGGAUGAGCUCAUUCUUCUCAUAAUCUCAUUUGGGACCACAAUCAUCCCUCCCUUUUUAGGCACCACCUGAGUGGGACUAACGCACUAUUUGUCGGAAAUGGCGAAGAUGAUUCCCACGUCCAUCAACUUGAUAAAGAGUUGGUGAUACAGUUCGAGGAUGAAAUCGACUUGAACGACUUCUCGACCUCAAGGAACUCGCCACGCUCUAGCGCUGGCAACUGCUCCUCUAGUUGCAGCUCCUGCGAUGCCUGCUCACCUAGCAAAAUACAACGCUCAUGAACAUCAACAACACCCGCACUCGUCAUCACGAGUGUGGUUUCAAAAUCAGCUAUAAUGUCACAGUAAUCCAAGUCAUCAUGCAUAUGGGAAUGCUUUGUAUUAUUGGACACAAAAAAUGUAGCUUGUUAUUCCCAACCCUCAAAAUUACCUUACCACUAUGCACAUCUAGGGCUGCAAACGAGCCGAGUCGAGUCGAGUUUUUGCUUAGCUUGAGCUCGGCUCGUUUCUUAAUUUUUCAGCUCGAGCUCGGCUCGAACUCGAAUUUUGAUAAUCCAGCUCGAGCUCGAGCUCGGCUUGAAUAAAAAUAAUCUAGCUCGAGCUCGACUCGGUAGAGCUCGAUAAAUGCUCAUUAACAUA